GCUUCCGUUCUUCCCGCCGCUAAGCUAAAUAAGCUAAACUUCAGCUGUUUUGUCAGCAUGAAGACGCCGGUUUGACACCACAACAACCCGCUCCUGAGCCACACUUCAUGGGUCACACACAGUCGGCCUAAACACUGUGGACUUCAUGAUAUAACCCUAACCCAUCGAACACGCCACAAUCAGAUCUUUCAACAAUGGAUGACCCCAACAGACCCCAGCGGAAGAUGUCCACAGCCGGUGACAGCUUGUACAAAGUCCUGGGCCUGCAGAAGGGAGCAACACCCGAAGAGAUAAAAAAGGCAUACAGGAAGCUGGCAUUGAGGCACCACCCCGACAAGAACCCCGACAACCCGGAGGCGGCGGAAAUGUUCAAAGAGAUCAACAACGCCAACUCCAUCCUCAGCGAUGAGAACAAGCGCGUCAUCUACGACGAGUACGGCUCCAUGGGCCUCUACGUGGCCGAGCAGUUCGGGGACGAGAGCGUCAAGUACUACUUCCUCAUGUCCAAGUGCUGGUUCAAGGCCCUUCUGGUGUGUUGCGGGAUCUUCACCUGCUGCUGCUGUUUCUGCUGCUGCUGCUUCUGCUGCGGGAAGUGCAAGCCCUCCGAGGAAGCCGAGGACACGUUCUACGUCAACCCCGAGGACCUGGAAGCCGAAAUCAAAGAGCAGGAGGAGGCACGAGACGCUGUAAUUGUUAUUCAGCCAAGCUCUUCCACCAAUGCCGACGGCUCGGGCGAAGUUGGUGACGCCGCGUCAGGCGAGGACACGCCCAUCGUCAUUCAGCCCUACGCCAGCAACGGAGACAUCCACCUGUCAGUGGAGUGAACCCUGCUGGUCCUGGACUGGGCUUUAGAGUAUGCAUCGAUGCAAAAACAUCCCAGAGGUUUUUUUUUGUUUUUUGUUUACAUCAGCAGUUAUUUUUGUUUUUAGGUGCCACACUUUUUUCUUUUUCUUCUUCCUAGCCUCCAGUUAUUUAUGUUUUUCAAAUGCAUCUGGAAUGUAGUCACAUGACCAAAGCCUCGUCUCCUCAUGCACUUUAAACAUGCUAACCGUGUCAAAGUGCCAAAUGACGCCACAGUGGUUGGAUAUACAGUGUUCCCUCGCCACUUUACGGCCGUUUUUAAACUUGUAAAUAGGUGUUUUUUUUAUGUAUUUGUAUUAUAACUUCUAUCUCAUAUAAUCAGCAAUAGAUAAUAGAAGGAGGCGCCACACCCCUAUUUGAUUAGCAGGGUAUUACAUUGUUGUCGACGGCACGGAAACAGUUGCAGAAGAAACUGUGUAUUGAUAGUUUAGUAUUUUAUGUUGGCAAUAAAGUGAACCGCAAUAAUAAGCAAGUUAUGAUUUAUUUUCAGUAUGUAAGGCAUUGUAUUACACCAUCUAAACGGGCCGAUACAUCGCUAGGCAUGUCUAUGUAGUUAUAUCUAUGUUACCAGUAGAGGUCGGACUCUUUAGGCACCUCAAGAUUUGAUCCUACUCUGAUUGUCGGGGCGAUUUUUCCAAUUCAGAAUAGAUUUUUGAUUCAACACGAUUCUCGCAAUGUAUUAUUUAGUAUCGUCGGGCUGAAAACUGUUUUAUAUCGAGCAAUAUCGAUAAUUAUCAUUGGUUAUGACCUAUCGAAAAUCAGGAGCAAUAGUGAAAUGGAUCAGGUGGAAACAUUUUCAUUUCAAAUGUUACCUUCCAAUGAUUAUAAUCCCCUCUGCUAUCUAAACAGGAAGGAAAUGUCAACGCAAACAAUGCAAAGAAAAUUGUUAACAUUUAAAAUGAAGGCACAAAUGUGUAACAAAACAGUGCAAAGUGCGAAAAUAUAAACAUAGAGAAAUCUGAGAAUAAGUCAUUUUCUGUGGUUUUAGUGCCAGCUGUGCUCUAAAGGGUGAGCGCAGCUAAACCGGGUCUUGCAUCAUUUACAGACCACAUUGAUUUGACCAGGGUCCCUUUGGGGGGAAAAAAACAAAAACUGCCAUACUGUCGAGGUGACUUUUCCUCUUCUGUAGACAAUUUCUUCAUUUUUACACCAUCCAUCCAUCCAUCUUCUUCCGCUUAUCCGAGGUCGGGUCGCGGGGGCAGCAGCCUAAGCAGGGAAGCCCAGACUUCCCUCUCCCCAGCCACUUCGUCCAGCUCCUCCCGGGGGAUCCCGAGGCGUU